CUAACUUCCUGUUUACCUUCCGCUAGCAGAUGAUAUCCGACUGCGAAGCGCAGUAGCAUGUUGCGUUUGUUUAUUUCGAGGCUGGGGUAUUCCCUACGGAUGCCAAGAUUAAUUUAGCUGCCGUUCGUUCGUGUCGACAUCUUCAUUAGUUGCAGUCAUGUCUAUGAGCUUCACCGGAAUGGCAGGCUCCCUGCGAGCGAUGCUGCCUCGCUCUGCAACGGCGACGGCAGUGUUGUUCGGCGAGCGUGCAGCCCUGCCAUCCAAACGCCUCUUCUUUUCGGGACGGUGCAGCAUACGGCGUUCUAUCACGAACCUGACGUUCAGCGACCACUUUAAGCGCCCCAACAGCAAGGCACCGGUGUUCGAUGUCAUCACCCGUCCAGGCACCGUGAGCUCGACGCGGUACGUGCCGGACAGCAUCGCCAAACCGAGCUACGCUACCAGCGGCAUCGUCGUCGGGGUUCCCAAGGAGAUGGAAGUCAAGUCGGCCGAUCAGAUUGCUCGGAUGAGGGAAUCUUGUCGACUAGCCAAGAUGAUCGUGAACCGGGUCUCAAAGUGCAUUAAGGCGGGAGUCACGACGGAUGAGCUGGACAAGUUUGCCCACUCGCUGUGCAUCGAGCACAAUGCGUACCCGUCGCCCCUGAACUACCGCUGGUUCCCCAAGUCGGUGUGCACCUCAGUGAACAACGUGGCCUGCCACGGCAUCCCCGAUGACAGGCCCCUGCGGGACGGAGACAUCAUCAGCAUAGACGUCAGCGUGUUCUACAAUGGCUACCACGGCGACUGUGCGGAGACGCACGUGGUGGGUGGCUCCGUGGACGACAGGGGCAGGGCACUGGUGCACACCGCCGAGGAGUGCCUGAACAGGGCCAUCCAAGUGUGCGGGCCCGGGCAGCCACUCCGAGAGAUCGGCAGGGUCAUCAGCAUCGUGGCUGACCAGGCCGGAUUCACGGUGGUGCCUUCUUUCUGUGGUCAUGGGAUCGGCAGCUACUUUCACGGACCGCCCGACAUUUUUCACUUUGAAAAUGAAGAAGAAGGAGAGAUGUUCGAGGGACUGGUGUUCACAAUUGAGCCAGUUAUAUCGGAGGGAAGUCCGGAGAUCACCAUCCUGGACGACGGCUGGACCGCGGUCACGACGGACCAGAGCCGCACGGCGCAGUUUGAGCACACAAUCCACAUCUGCAGCGAAGGUGCCGAAGUCCUGACCGUGCUCUGAACCGAUCGUCUCCUUGUGCGGCACGGUUUUUGUGCAGUGUCCGCAAAGGACGGCUCACAUCCUUGUUUCUACCGGUAGCCGUUCAUACCAUAUUUUCUGGACUAUAGCCCAUAGACUAUACGCGUUUAAAAGUUGAAAUAUCGCACAAUGUGGACUCUCCACAGGUGCGGAGAAUAGAGGGGUUUGUAAUUUUCAAGGUUGCUAAUUGUGACAAGACGCAACGGUUUUUUUUGUAAAGGACAGAUAAUGUUAAUGAUGAAGUUAUAUAUGAUGCAAGCAAUUUUGGAAGCUAAUAAUAAUAAUAAUAACAGUAAUCAUAAUAAUAAUAGUAAUAACAACAAUAAUAAUGCCUUAUUUGUAUCAUGCCUUAGAACAACCAAUAGGUCAUAGUGUGGUGGCACAUAAAAAGGUAGUACAAAAUCUUAACACAAUAUCUGCCACUGCAAAAGGGAGUGCCGUGCGCAAGAAUUUUUUACACGCGGGUUAAGCGCCAAGUGCAGACUGUCUCGCGGAAAACUUUUCUUUUUUUCAACCGAAGUUUUCACGGAAAAUGUGGUAUUCUCUUUGCUGCCGGAGCAGGAGCCUUUUUUUUCUGUAGUGUCUGGCUUCGUUGCAACUACGCUGCAAGAUGGUCAGGUGAGAAAAGGGUCUCGGCGACCUCGUGGAAGCAACGAGCGUCUCUAAACGGCUGGGGUUCCGGCACGAUGCAGUAUGAUGGGGGGUGGCAAAAGGCGGCACCUUGCGAGGGUCGUCGUACCUCGUGCGGAAAUUCGGAGCCUCUAUUCGCUGCAUAAAAAAGAUGGAACACAAACCUGAUAUUUUUGCAGCUUGUUACGGGGGGAUAUCAAAUGGCAGGUGUGUUCUCACGUGCUUCCAUGAAACGUUCCCACCUUUUUCUAACUGCCAUCUCGCAUUUGUUUGUGAACUUUGCGUGCAAACCUGUCGGCUAACUCUGGCCACUUUUGUCCCCGAUAUUUUGUUCUAAUUGCCGCGUGCGUAGCCCUGUCAUCUGUGACAAUGUUUUUGGCUAUAUGUUUUUGUAGUUUGUUUUCAGGAAAUCCAGCAGUUGUCUCUGGGAGUUUAUCUCUUGAUUGCAAUGGAGAGUUGUAUUUUUAGCUAUAAUUUCCACUAACCCAGAAUUUGAAUCUUUCGAAAUUUCGGACCUUGAAACAUGAAACAAUAUUAAUGCGAAAGCAUUAACUGUCCUAUGGAGCGAGCCGGCAUCAUCAACUGCGCCAAACAGCAGAUAAAUUCCCGAAGCUGCGAUCUGAGGCAUCCCAGCUUUGAAACCGCGCAAAAAGCCAUGCAAAGCGACAAAGAUAUGAAUGAUAAUGUAGUGAGUGCGCAGGCGAGCUGGUGGAUGUUAACCAUUUUGUUUUUAGCCCGAGACUGAGGCAGGAAAAGAGGAAAGUUUCAAAGUAGAAGAAAAAUGAACAGUCGAGGACACGUCUCUAUGAUAUGAAAGUUAUGAAGCGGACGCACGUCAGUUUCAAUUAGCGCCACCCCAUGGCUCUGCGUGCGCGUCGGAGCAGAAACGGCCAAGGUGCCAAGAGGAUCGCAUGCGGCCGCGGCACCGAGAGGGUCAGGAGCUGCCUUAGUGCCGAGGGGAUCAGAAGCGUCCGCAGUGCGAAGAACGACAUUCAUGCCUUCGCAUUCACAACCCGUAAGAAGUGCUUAGGUGUACCUCGAGCCUUUUUUCACUUUUAAAUAAAAUUACUGCAAGAAACAUGCUCACUUAAGAAAUGAGGUUGCACAAAACAUUGCAUGCACAUUCAUUACGAUUAAAGUUCCGUGUUUUCGGCAUAUACGGAUAAACCCCGAAAAAUAACCUUCGAGCCGAUUUGAUCAAAAUCGAGGAAAACCGAAAAACCCUGAAUCGAAGCUGUCUUCUUAAUGAGAAAAACCCACGCUUUGCGAGAAAGAAAUGUUUGUCUACAGCUUCGUUUCAUGUUAACACAAAACGCAUCCCGCGCUGAACUGUCGACAGGGCUGCUUCUUCCUUUGAUAACAACACUUCCUACCUCGUUUCCUGGUCUUGUCAGUACGGGGCAUGUGUUUCAAGCGUUUGAGUCGCGCGCAUGUUCCCAGAAAUUUGGGAAUCCCACGCCCAUGUCCUUAUUUCUUCAACGUAAUCCCCGAUAAACACAGAUUUCUGUCCGACACCGGACAGAAAUAAACCCCAAAAAAUGUCCUUGAGUUAAAAAAAAACCAAACAGAAAAAACCCGAAAACACAAAGCCAUAAUUAUUACAAGUCUCAAAAACAAACAUACAUAUCUUGAACUUGAAACAUACACUGUUCUGCAGACCAUCGUCAUUUGCACAGAUUUCAAAAUUCGAUAAUGGAAAGCCUCAAACCAGGGGGCCCCAACACUUUGGGUCCCCGUAUUCUAAAAGCUCCCCGUUGUACGUCCCUCUUGAGGCCCUGCUCAUUUCCUCAUUUCCAUCAGUGGGGUGAAGCCAGAAAAGAAUGAAGUCCUGUAAGGUUAAUUGCAGACUAAAAGGAUAAAAUAGUUUGCAACUUUCAGCGAGGGGGGUACCGCAAUGAGAGAAUCGCUCUCCCUAGCUCCUGGAUGGUUGGCUUCGGAAUAAAGGUGCUUGCUUAAACCUUCCUGACGUGCAAGUAUCACGGAAGGCUCUCGUAUCGCUCAUGUUUCACGAAAUUAGAAUUGCUUAUCCGUCGUGCGCCCAACCUUUUACUACUAUUAUUUAACUACAAUCAUCCAGAUGACAGUAAUUUCGAUAGGAACUGCCCCG